UUUUUUUUAUCCCAAUUGAGAAAUGCUUCCCGCAUACACUCAAAGAAUUUAAUACGGAAGUUAUGGUAGACUGUGCUUUAUGAUAACCAGCAGUGUGAAGCGGCAAUUCUGUGUAUGUGCAAGUUAUGAAUGAAUCUUGAAGGUUUAAUCCAGUUAAUCCCCUUACUUUACUUACAUACAAUACUUGAUUGAUUACUGUACCUUCUAGUCUUUUUUUUUUCUAAUGAGAAUGUCUGGUUCUAAUAGUAAGGACAAGAUUAACGAAAUGCGCAAGAUACGAGAGGAGCAAGACGCUGCGUACGAAGCUUCCCUAGCGGCGGAUAGAGAGCGCUCCUUGCGCGACAAAAGAACCAAAGACCAUCAACAGCGAAUCUCGGAGAGACUGGCAGCAAUUAAAAAGCAAAAACUUGAGUUUUUAUCGUUUCUCAAGCAAGAACCGAGUCGGGGUACUCCUGGGGUACUGACAAUUAAUGCCAUUCUGCCUAAUGGGAAAAGAAUUCAACGAAGGUUCCAUCAGGAUGAGCCAUUGACAGCGCUAUUCUACUUCGUAUUUUGCGACGCGGAUUCGCCGCCGGAAUUCGACGUGGUGACGAGCUAUCCGAAAAGAGUCGUCCCGUGUCGCCCUGCCGACACCUUGCGGAGAAUCCGAGGUGACGACGAGGAAGUGUCGACGUCGCCGGAGAACCACGUCAAGGGCCUCGACAAGGGCCUGACGUUCGCGCAAUUCGGGAUCACGCUCAACGAAGUUGUUCUCGUUAUCGAAGCCUAA